AUGGUUGGCAUGGGACUGACGUGGUACUCAAUUACAAGUGCUGCAUUCAUUGCAGCGGCAACGGCAGACAAAUUGCCAAUUCAGGCCCGUACUAGCUUGGAUAACACUUCGUUGGUGUUUAAAAUCCUUCAGUUGGCAGAUCUCCAUAUUACAGGCAUCCCGACCAUUGGCUGUGGCAGCAGUAUACCAACUGGCAUGGCCAGCCAAGACUGCUCCGAAACACUCACGUACACGUUUGUCGAACAGUUAUUGGACCUGGAAAAGCCCGACUUUAUUGCGUUUACGGGAGAUAACAUGCAGGUGUAUGAUCCAAGCUCUCAUCAAAGGGCUAUUGAUGCCGUCACAAGAGCUGCUGAGGAGCGGAACAUUUCGUACGGUAUGGUAUUAGGCAAUCACGAUGAAGAAGGGAGUUUUCCAAGAGAGAAGAUUGUUGACAUGGUGUCCCAAAAGACCCACUCGUACACGGUCAGCGGACCAAAGACCGUGAACGGCGUCGGCAAUUACAUGCUUAACGUGACGGCACCAAUCAGAGGGGUGUGGGGAGAUAUUAAUACUACAGUGUUCCGCAUGUACUUCUUGGACUCCGGUGCUAAAGCCUCGACAGAGAAAUACCCGUACGUGUUUUCGGAAUACGACUGGAUCAAGCAGAGUCAAAUCGACUACUACCGGCAGCUAUCGGAGACUGGACGUGUCCAGAGACAUAGCAAUGCUGACUCGGUGCUACCAGCUGUCAUGUUUUUCCACAUCCCGCUAGUCGAGUUUUCGUACUCGAAAGAUGGUUGCAACGGCGACCAGCUAGAGCGAGUGCACAACCAAGGAAUGAAUUUGCGCUUGUUGUCGGCUUUAUCAGAGAUAAAUGAGAUUAAGGCGGUAUUUGUAGGCCAUGAUCACGUGAAUGAGUAUUGUUGUCUUGUAGAUGGGGUGCAGCUAUGCUAUGGAGGAGGUGCUGGCUUCGGGCGGGCGUACAGUGCGGCCGGUUUUUCACGACGCGCACGAGUGGUCGAGUGGACGGUAGACAGCGAUGAACGACAUGUAAUUCGCAGCUGGAAGCGGCAUUUCGACGACAUUAAUGUAGUGCGCAGCGAAGAGGUGCUGUACUCAGAAUUAUAG